AUGGCGUAUCUCAGAUCUUCUGCGUUCAAGUCCCUGCUGAGGACUCGGGCAUCCUCUCUAUGCCCCCAGCAAAGGCGCUGGGCCCAAGUGCACGAUGUCCGUUUCCUCGCCACACACCACGAUCCCAACCAAGUGCUGGACAGGUACCGCUCGAAACUCAAGCAGAAAGCCCAAGCAGAGGGACACCAAGACAUCGAUUCUCUGAAGGAGGCCUACAAGGAAAAGAUUGAAGAGUUCCGUCACAAAGCAACAACUCCUCUCACUCCGGAGCCACCCAAGUCCUCGCCCUCCCCGUCCACGACCGGUCCUUCACCCCCUCCUCCUCCACCUACUCCCCAGGCUCGCGCCGCCUCCUCCGCCACAUCCACUGGAAUCAGACCUCUUGACUCGUUCAUCGACGUCGAGAAAGUGCGCAGUCUCCCGCCCAAGGAAAUCGAGGCCAUCUGGCGUCUUCGUUUUGCCAACAACUCUCAUUCGGUCUGCGCCGUAAUUCCGGUAGAAACAUACCAGCGCAUCGUCUCCGCCGCACGCCAGAACCCCCAAUUCGUUCUUCCCCUACCCCGUACGCAGAGUGAGGCGCAGACCGCGGAGGAGAACGCAGAAGCCGCCAAGGGCGGUGCGGACAUUCAUUUCCUCCAAUGGGGUUUCCAUCCCCCAGCGUCGGCGACCGCUUCUUCCGCUGCUUCAGCCAACGACCACACUUCCACGAUCAUCUUCACAGCGUUGGCUUCGUAUCAGCUGCAUGGCUCGUAUGCGCAGCCGCAUACGACGGUCACACAUUAUCUGGAUCUGGCGGAUGAGAAGGGUCUGGUUCUGAUGAAUGGUCAGGUGAUGCCUGAUUCCGGAGUAUCUGCGACAGAUGCCACCUGGCUGGUUAGCUGUGUUCAGCGUUUCUAUGACUUUGGGGGUCAGGCGAAUGGACGGAAAGGCGAGCUUUUGCAGGCGUUCACUCGCGGUGACGUGCAGAACUUCAAGGUUGAGGACUUGAUGGCAGAGGCCGAGAAGUUGUAAGGGUCCCACUAGUAUUGUAGAUAGAUAGAUUGUACGAUAUACGUUUUACCAAUACGCAGCCUUUCCCGC